AUGGCGCGGCACGGACUGCGAGGCCUGCCUGCGGAUCUACCUGUGCUGACGGAAGCACGCAUCAGGGUCAGCGUAAGGGUGUUUUUCCCAAACCCGUGUGAAGGAUGUUUAAUAGCACGGCUUCGCGUGACGGCUGAAACACCCAUUUCCUCUGACAGCAAGCUCCACAAAAAGGGACACAGAGCUCCUCCGAAUACCACAGAAUCCUUUGCGUAUUUUACAAUUAAAGACAGACUGCCCCAGAUCCUCACAAGAACUAUUGAUACACUGCAUCGACAUAAAAAUGAAUUCUUUGAAGAACAUGGUGAGAAGGGUGUUGAAGCAGAGAAGAGAGCUAUAUCUUUCCUUUCCAAAUUACGGAAUGAAUUGCAAACAGACAAACCAGUGACUCCCUUAGAAGAUGAGCUGCCUGAUGCCACACUGUGGAACCAGUACCUCGACUACCAACAAAAUUUAUCAGAUGGAAAUGGAGGACCAAGUUGGUUUCAGUCUCCUUGGUUAUAUGUAGAGUGUUACAUGUAUCGAAGAAUUCAUGCAGCGUUAGCACAGAACCCACCUAUCGACAACUUUGAUGUAUUUAAAGAAGGAAAGGCUCAAAAUUUCUUUGAAUCCCAAGGGGCUAUUAUUGCCUUAUGCACUUACUUUCAGGAACUGCUUAAAAACAUAAAAGACCUAGAAGAGAAGCAACUUCAGGAGGAAUUUUUUAAGCUACUGCAGGUGUCAUUGUGGGGCAAUAAGUGUGACCUUUCUUUUUCAGCUGGUGAGGACAGCUCUCAGAAAUCUAGUCCUCUACAAUGCCUGGAAGAUAUGGUGCCUUUUAUCCUAGUGAAUGAUAUGGAAAAACUUUGGUCACUACUUAAAAAUGCCAAAAAUAGAAAAACAGAUAAAUGUAAAGUUAGAGUUGAUAUAAUCCUGGAUAAUGCUGGAUUUGAACUUGUAAGUGAUUUUGUGUUGGCUGACUUCCUGUUAUCAUCACUGCUAGCUGAUGAAGUCCAUUUCCAUGGAAAGAGUAUUCCAUGGUAUGUGUCAGAUACCACAAAGAAUGAUUUUAAUUGGACUAUAAAACAGCUUCAGGCAGCUAAUCAUAUGUGGAUGUCUAGAUGUGGGAUAAACUGGGAGGGCAAUUUGAAAAAGGGCGUUUGGGUUUACCGCGAUCACAUGUUUUGGACUUUGCCACAUGACUUUUCCAGUAUGGCUGAGGUUGCUCCUGAUUUGUAUGCUGAUCUACAGAAGUCAAACUUGCUUCUUUUUAAAGGUGAUCUAAACUAUAGAAAAUUAACAGGGGAUAGAAAAUGGGAGCACACUGUUCCUUUUCAUCAGGCUUUGAACAAGUUUCAUCCUGCACCUCUCUGUAGUUUGAGAACACUGAAAUCUGACACGCAGGUUGGCCUGAAACCUGGACAAGCAGAACAAAUUCAGGCUUCUGAACCUGAAUGGAUGAUAAGUGGGAAAUACGGGGUGGUUCAGUUUGAUGCUGCUCUCUGACUCCAGUUCCUAACAUUUAAUGGCAGAUUUAAUCAAAGUUUUAACUCUGUUAAAAAGUUUAACUUUUUCUGUUCAAUGCUUGGCUUCAGCAAUGUUUUUGUUCUUGUUUGCACUUUUUCUUCCAAGCAAUUUGUUGUUGUUGUUCCACAAAAGACUUUGGUGUUCUGUAAAAGUUCACAGUUUACAUAAAUCACUCUGCAUUUCAAUAUAUUUUGUGUUCCUAUUGUCCAAUGUCAGCAGAAGAUAUUUAAGAUGAAUGUUUAGUUGUCCAUAAUUUUUUUCUUCAUCAUUGGGUAUGAAGGCUUAUGCCUAACAAGUGAAAAAUCCACUUUGGAAACAGUUUUCUCAGCAGUAUCUUUGCAUGUAUUUACUCGCUUCAGGAUAAUUUGUUCUCCAUGUGCCAUGAAUUGCAUGACAGUUAAUGUUUUAUCAAAAGCACAAAUGAAUUAUUUUGAAUAUGGUCAUUGCAGGACCAUAUUUUAAAACUGUUUAAAAUAGUUUACUUACACUUUUUACAUAUUAUGUGCUGCUUGUGUCAAUUGACAAAGUACUUUCAUUGUUUUUUAAAUUGUUGUCUUUAUUUGAAAAUAGCAGUGCAUUAAGAGAAGAGUUUUGGGGUGAUAUCUGGGAAAUAUUGACUUAAAAUUUGAAAAUGAAAUUUAAAAUUUGAUUUUUAAAGCAGAAGUGGAUGUUGCUAGCUGUUUUGCCUGUAAAAGGGGAGUUAUCCCAUCAGGUAUGAAGAUUAGUAGGAAAACGGACAAUUUCAUUUUAAGAGUGGGGAAGGUUUUAUUUAUCUAAGAAUCUCAACCAAAAACAACAACAACAACAAAACACAGUUACCUUGCUAACUGGAUUUUAGAUUUAAUAAAGACUUGAACUGAAGGUGGCCUGUCUACCACCAGUAUUGGUGGUUCACGCAUUGCCGCCUCUUGAUUGUGAACACUUUUAUUGUUAAAUAUAGUGCUUUGUACUUUUUUUUAAGAAGGAUGCCACAUUUUUUAUGGGGGAAAUAUAACCCCAGUUGCACUGAGAAGUACAAUGUAUGCUAAAGAUACACAUGCCAUACAGGUUGCUGCUAAUUAGAGUUAUGUCCCGGUUUCUUCUCCUCCACCCCAGUCUCAGUUUACCUCAUUCAGAAGUUGGGGGAAACUUUGGAAUAUUUUAGUGAUUUUUCAGAGUGACAUAAAAGGGGAGAUGCGUUAUCUGUUUCUAAAGAAAAAAAUUAAAAAUAGAUUGUCAAGUCUUAAAGUAUUUUUGUUGUUUGAAAUAGGGCCUUUUUGGAGGACUGAUAUGAUGGCAGUGAUAACUGCAGGUUUGUUAGAAAAUAACAGAAUUUCCCAUAGCGUCUGUCUUUCUAUCUAUGCUGCUGUCUGGAGCUGCUAAAAUUAGUAGAAUUUGCUGCUGGUAACCGAGGUCAUUAUGUUACAGAGAACAGGAGCAGACCAUAGGUAGAGAAACUUCAUCUUCUAUUUUAUAGAUACAGUGAAAUCUUAUACAGCAAAAAGGAGGACACAAGUGUCCUUACUUGGCUACGUUCUGGAACUGAAGAAACGUGUACCCUGACAAAGGAAUCAGAAUGUCUGUGUGGUAGAAGGUAGACUAAAAGCAACUUCUGCACUUGACGGUUAACCUAAGACAAGGGUAAGCUUUGGUAGGUCUAAAGCUAUUUUAGUCUUUGAAAAUGAAGCUGGAAUCCCUUCUGGUCAGUGAAAUCACUGGCAAAAAAUGUCUCAUUUCACAUUCUGACAUGCAGAGAAUCAGCUGGUGCUAUGAGAUACUGUGUUCCUGUAAUAAAGAUCAAUAUAAUGGAUAAACGUG